CGCUACUCGACACGCACGAUCAAUGCUGCGAUAGCGCCGCGAGCUUGCUCGAGACGGGCUCCUGAUGGCCGAGGCUGUCUGGGCGAUCCUCCAUAUUGGUGCUCGUGCGGUGGAGACUUCCUUUCGUGCUGUCGUGGCGGCAAGUACUUAAGAUUGUCUACCCCUCUUCUGUUCAAUCAGUCCUCACUCACAUUUGUUUCCUCUGAUACCCCACAUUAUGUCUGACGUUUCAGUGAAGCUCAAGACUCCCCAGACGGGCGAGUACGACCAGCCUACUGGUCUCUUCAUCAACAACGAGUUUGUCAAGUCUGUUGACGGCAAGACAUUCGAGGUCAUCAACCCUUCCACAGAAGAGGUUAUCACAAGCGUCCAGGAGGCGUCCGAGAAGGAUGUCGAUAUCGCUGUUGAGGCUGCCCGCAAGGCAUUCAACGGCCCAUGGAGAAAGGAGACACCCGAGAACCGUGGAAAACUUCUUGUCAAGCUUGCCGACCUGUUCCUCGAGAACGUCGACCUUCUUGCUGCCGUCGAGGCUCUCGAUAACGGCAAGGCCUUCACCAUGGCCAAGAACGUUGACGUACCCGCUGCCGCUGGUUGCUUGAGGUACUACGGAGGUUGGGCCGACAAGAUCGAGGGUAAGGUCGUCGACACAACACCCGACACAUUCAACUACAUCCGCAAGGAGCCUAUCGGUGUUUGUGGUCAGAUCAUUCCCUGGAACUUCCCACUGCUCAUGUGGUCAUGGAAGAUUGGCCCCGCCAUUGCUACCGGUAACACGGUCGUACUGAAGACCGCUGAGCAGACUCCUCUCUCCGCCUACAUUGCCUGCACACUCAUUCAGAAGGCUGGUUUCCCUCCAGGUGUCAUCAACGUCAUUACUGGUCUCGGUAAGGUCGCUGGUGCUGCCAUGUCCGCGCACAUGGGCAUUGACAAGAUUGCCUUCACUGGUUCCACCGUUAUCGGUCGCCAGAUCAUGAAGGCUGCUGCUGGCUCCAACUUGAAGAAGGUUACUCUCGAGCUUGGUGGCAAGUCCCCCAACAUCGUCUUCGCCGAUGCCGAUAUCGACGAGGCCAUCAACUGGGUCAACUUCGGUAUCUACUUCAACCACGGACAGUGCUGCUGCGCCGGUUCGCGUAUCUACGUUCAGGAGGAGAUUUACGACAAGUUCAUUGAGCGAUUCAGGGAGCGCGCUGCUCAGAACGCUGUCGGUGACCCAUUCAAGGAGGAUACCUUCCAGGGUCCCCAGGUCUCUCAGCUUCAGUUCGACCGCAUCAUGUCCUACAUUGAGGAGGGCAAGAAGGCCGGUGCCACCGUUGAGACCGGUGGUAAGCGCAAGGGUGACAAGGGUUACUUCAUUGAGCCUACCAUCUUCUCCAACGUUACUGAGGACAUGAAGAUCCAGCAAGAAGAGAUCUUCGGCCCCGUCUGCACAAUUUCCAAGUUUAAGACCAAGGCCGAUGUCAUCAAGAUUGGCAACAACUCAAACUACGGCUUGGCCGCCGCUGUCCACACCACCAACCUCAACACCGCCAUUGAGGUUGCCAACGCGCUCCGCGCUGGCACCGUCUGGGUCAACACCUACAACACUCUCCACUGGCAGCUCCCCUUCGGUGGUUAUAAGGAGUCUGGUAUGGGCCGUGAGUUGGGUGAGGCUGCUCUAGACAACUACGUCCAGACCAAGACCGUGUCGAUCCGUCUUGGUGACGUUCUGUUCGGUUAAGCGUUUGUCGGUAUGAAAAUGAAGAUAUGAUCAUGUGAACCUGUAUAUAGUUUCUAGCCAUGAGAAUCAAACAAA